UUAACUUAAUCAAAUUUCCGAAUUCCGCAUUCAACCAUUGUACGGUCUCCUCUGGAAACAGCCUCCGCUCUCCUCUCAUUUUCAAAUCUUAACCAACGGAAACCAAAAAUCAGUACAACGAGCUAUGGGUUUUGGAACGCUUUUCAAUCGGAAGAAAUCAUCCAACCAGUCCUCCACCUCUGCGCCUGCCUCUCCACCGCUCGCCACCACGUCUUUUGUGCCUGGAUCUCCUUUCCUCACCAAGAACCACUCCGGUAAGACGGAAAUCCGUGAGCUCGAACAGGUGUUCAAGAAGUUCGACGCCAACGGCGAUGGUAAGAUCUCAGCGGCGGAACUCGGAGCGAUCAUGGCUAGCCUCGGCCAUGUCGCCACGGAGGAGGAGCUCCAGAAGGUUGUGACAGAGGUCGACGCCGACGGUGAUGGCUUCAUUGAUUUUAAUGAGUUCGUGGAGCUCAACACAAAGGGCAUGGACUCCGACGAGGUCCUGGAGAACCUCAAGGACGCGUUCUCUGUUUACGACAUCGACGGCAAUGGAUCAAUCACCGCCGAGGAGCUGCACGAGGUCCUUCGUAGCCUCGGUGAUGAGUGCUCUCUCGCCGAUUGCAGGAAGAUGAUUAGUGGAGUCGACAAGGACGGCGAUGGUACAAUCGAUUUCGAGGAGUUCAAGGUGAUGAUGAUGAUGGGAUCAAGGUACGAUGCUAUGGGCUCCCAUUCACAGAGAAGCGUUUCUAUUAAGAUUGACUGAUAUUUCUACCUGCUCUUCCUCUUUCUUUCUCGUUCUCCAUUAACGAAGUAAUUUCUGUUCACAA